AUGGGUCGGCGAUUGGCGUGCCAGGCCGCCGUUGAGAGCCCCUCCGAGGUUGACUUGGAGACCAGCGGGCUGAGGCACCUGCCGCAGGCGGCCAGGGAUCGCGCCCUGGCAAAGAAUGCGAACAAGUUCGAGAAGGUUAAGGUGGCGAAGUGCGGGUCGAGGAUGUGGACGGAGAUCCCGGAGCUGGCGGAGCUGAUACGGAGGGGCGAGACGAAAUGGGAGGACCUGGAACUGGACGACAUCGACAUACGGAUGAAGUGGGCGGGGCUGUUCCACAGGAGGAAGCGGCACCCGGGGACAUUCAUGAUGCGCCUCAAGGUACCCAAUGGUGAGCUCACCUCCGCCCAGCUGCGCGGCCUGGGAGAGGUCGUCCUCCCCUACGGCGCCGACGGCUGCGGCGACAUCACCACGCGCGCCAACAUCCAGCUGCGGGGCAUCACAAUGGCAGAGGCGGACAGGGCCAUCGACGCGGUGCAGGCCAUCGGCCUCACGUCCUACCAGACCGGCAUGGACAACGUGCGCAACAUCACGGGCAAUCCAAUCGCUGGCCUGGACCCCCACGAGCUCGUGGACACGCGGCCGAUCUGCCAGGAGAUCCAGGACAUGAUCGUCAACGGGGGUAAGGGCAACCCGGAGCUCGUCAACCUGCCGCGGAAGCUCAACAUCUGCGUGAGCAGCACGCGGGACGACUUCCCGCACACGCACAUCAACGACGUGGGCCUGGAGGCGGUGGUGGAGCCGGGCAGCGGGGAGGUGGUGUACAACGUGGUGAUCGGGGGGUACUUCUCGGUCAAGCGCAACGCCGUGUCGUUCCCCAUCGACACCUCGGUCACGCGGGAGCAGGUCACGCCCUUCUGCGAGGCCGUGUUGAAGGUGUUCAGGGACCACGGCGAGCGCGCCAACCGCCAGAAGACCCGCCUCAUCUGGAUGGUGGAGGCCCUCGGCAUAGAGAAAUUCCGCGACCUGGUCGGCGAAUAUAUGGGCGGCGUCCAGCUGGCCCGAUCAGUGCCCGUGAGCCACGCCGAGCGCUGGGAGCGCCGCGAUUUGAUCGGCGUACACCCCCAGAAGCAGGCGGGCCUGUGCUUCGUGGGCGCCUGCGUGCCGGCGGGGCGGAUCCCCACGGCGGACUUCUUCGAGAUGGCGGACGUGGCGGAGCGGUGGGGCGACGGGACGGUGCGGCUGACGUGCGAGGAGAACGUCAUCUUCGUGAAUGUGCCCGAGGGGAACGUGGAGGGCUUGCUGGCGGAGCCGCUGCUGCAGCGGUACAGGCCGGACGCAGGGUUGCUUGAACGCGGGCUGGUCUCCUGUACAGGCUCGCAAUUCUGCGGCUUGGCUUUGAUAGAGACCAAGAACAGGGCCAUGCGGCUGGUGGAGGCCCUGGAGGCGGAGCUGGACAUCCCAAAGACGGUUCGGAUACACUGGACAGGCUGCCCCAACUCAUGUGGGCAGGCACAGGUCGCCGAUAUCGGCCUCAUGGGGGCUCCCGCCAAGCUGGAUGGGAAGGCGGUGGAGGGCGUGAAGAUCUUCCUGGGUGGCAAGAUUGGCGAAGGCGCGGAGCUGGCUCAGGAAUUCGAGGCGGGCAUCCCUGCUCAGGAGGAGUACCUUCUGCCAAAGCUGAGGGAGAUCCUGAUCGAGAAGUUUGGAGCCACUCCCAAGGCGUCCAACGGAGCCGGACCCGGGCAGCUGGGGGAGGGGGAAGCUUCCUGGUGGGGAAACCUGGCUGGGAAGUUUGUCGCCACUCCCAAGGCGUCCAAUGGAGCUGAGCCCGGGAAGCCGGGGGACAGGGAAGGGGCCUGGUGGCGGACCAGUGACUGA